UUCAAAGCUUCCUGUGCUAAAGAGAUGGCUCUGCUGGAUCUGAUGGAGAAGACGGGAUACAACAUGGUGCAAGAGAACGGACAGAGGAAGUACGGAGGACCCCCACCUGGUUGGGAGGGUCCCGCUCCUCCUCGGGGUUGUGAGGUGUUCGUAGGGAAGAUUCCUCGAGACAUGUACGAAGACGAGCUGGUUCCUCUGUUUGAGAGAGCCGGAAGAAUCUACGAGUUCAGACUGAUGAUGGAGUUUAGUGGAGAGAACCGAGGCUACGCCUUCGUUAUGUACACCAACAGGGAAGCGGCUCAGAGAGCGAUCCAGAUGUUAGAUAACUACGAGAUCCGUCCCGGGAAGUUCGUGGGCGUCUGCGUGAGUUUAGAUAACUGUCGACUUUUCAUCGGAUCCAUUCCUAAAGACAAGAGGAAGGACGAGAUCAUGGAGGAGAUGAAGAAGGUGACGGACGGUGUCGUGGACGUCAUCGUGUAUCCGAGCUCCAACGACCGGAGCAGAAAUCGAGGUUUCGCUUUCGUGGAGUACGAAUCUCACAAAGCUGCAGCCAUGGCGAGGAGGAAGCUCAUCCCUGGAACCUUCCAGCUGUGGGGUCACUCCAUCCAGGUGGACUGGGCCGAACCGGAGAAGGACGUAGACGAGGAAGUCAUGCAGCGAGUCAGAGUGCUUUACGUUCGUAACCUCAUGCUGAGCACCACGGAGGAGACGCUGCGUCAGGAGUUCUCCCGCUUCAAGCCGGGCGCCGUGGAGCGAGUCAAGAAGCUCACCGACUACGCCUUCGUACACUACCGUUGCCGCGACGACGCCGUCACCGCGCUGAGCCUGAUGAACGGCGCCCAGAUCGAGGGGGCCGUCGUCGAGGUGACGCUCGCCAAGCCGGCCGGGAUCAAGGACGCAGGGGCGGCAGGGAGGAGGUACAGCAGCAGGGGUUACCUAGGCAACGGCGGAGGGGGAGCGGCGGCAGGGAGCGGGACGUUCGUGCUGCACAGGAGCGACGCGGCGAUGAUGGCGGGAGACGCAUGUUCCCCUCUGAGACCCGUGUCCCUGCCGCCGCGCCUGGGAAACCCCUUCUACACCGGAGCAGGAGACGACCCCGACCGGUGCAUGUACCCGCUGUUUCCCGGCACGCCCCUCUCCCCCACCAGCCUGCUGUCCCUGAAGCAGAGUCAGAUCUGCUCGGCCGUCAGCCUGCUCGACUUCUACUGCCGCAAGAACUACUGGUCCCCGCCGGAGUACCACCUGUACUCCACACCUGGACCCGACGGGAAGCUGCUGCUCCUCUACAAGGUGGUGAUCCAGUCGACACGAAGCACUUACAUCCCAGACAAGCUGUGUGUGCUGCUGGAUGACGCCAAAGAGCUGGCAGCACAGACGUCACUGUGGAACCUCGACUCCUCCUUCCUGAGUGGCGCUCCCUGUGACUCCUCCAGCAGUCCUUCUCCUCCUCUCUCCCUCCAUCCUCCGUCAGCGUCCAGCCCCGGCCUUCUGACCUGCAGCGGCAGAGCUUUCACCUCCUCGUCUCUACAUCAGCUCGCAGUCGCCUUUCUACUGACGGAGAGAAACGGCGCGCCUCCUUCGUUACCGUGGAGACGGAGAGAAAAGGAGGCGCAGGAGGAGUAA